AUGCAGUCGAGUACACGCUCCUGGGUUCCUGUACCCUGUGACAACCCUUCAGCUGCACCUCGACACCGAUCGCUACACGCGUGUGCCGUGUGCAAAGACUCGCUUUACGUCUUCGGAGGAUACGAUGGAUCGAAUCGGACGAAUGAUUUUUACGAAUUCAACUUCAACCGCAAGCUCUGGUCAGUCGUGCUGGCAAUUGGUUCUGCUCCGAGUCCUCGUGACCGCCAUGUGGCGGUGGUCUACAAGAACUCUUUUUUUGUAUUUGCGGGAUUCGACGGCAGCUCGCGCGUCAAUGACUUUGUCGAGUACAACUUCUCUACGCAACGAUGGAGAGAUGUUAUGGUGACUGCUGGAAUGCCACCGACAGCGCGGCACAGUCAUGCUGCUGUCGUGUACGGCGAGUCUAUGUUCUGCUUCGGAGGUUACGAUGGAAACUACCGAAAUGACUUCCACGAGUUUAACUUUGAAACAAAUGUUUGGUCGCCAGUAUCUUCAACAGGGCUUUUUCCUCGACCUCGAUAUCGAGCAUCGUUGGUGCUGCAUAACAACACAUGCGUACUAUUUGGCGGCCACGAUGGGUCUCACCACCUUGAUGAUAUCCACGUGUUUGACUUUGAUACGCGGGUCUGGUCAUGGCUUACAACCCAGGGACCUGCACCCGCUGCUCGUGAUAGUCAUGUUGCUGGUGUUCACUUAAAUUCCAUGUACAUAUUUGGCGGCAGCACGGGCACUGCAGUGAACGACUUUUAUCAGCUCAAUUUUGAGUCGAACACCUGGCGACCAAUGCAGUUCGACGGCCAGCCGCCGGAACACCGCUUUUGUCACGUCGGCACCGUUUAUGAUUCCAGCCUGAUCAUCUUUGGUGGCUACGAUGGAAAUAGGCGGUUAAAUGACUUCCAGCAAUUUCGCUUCAAGAAGACGCAGUUUCAGCUGGAUAUUCCUGAGGGCACGCUUACCAAUGACCUAAGAAUGUUGGUGAACAACGACAUCAUGAGUGAUGUCACGUUUAUCGUUGAGGGAAUUCCCGUUUACGGACACAAGAUUCUGUGCAUCCGCUGCUACUACUUCAAUGCAAUGCUUACAGGAGAGAUGCUGGAAAGCCGUGCCCGCGAGAUUUCUAUCACCGAAGUGCGUCGGCCAGUCUUUCUUUUGUUGAUGGAGUACCUGUAUACAGAUUAUCUAGACGUAGCCGUGGACAUUGCAAUGGAGCUGUUUGCUACCGCGGAUCGGUAUGGUGUCGAGCGAUUGAAGCGCAUUUGCGAAGGUAAAAUGCUUGGGUCGUUGUGCACCGAGAACGCUGCUAGCAUUUUUCAUGCUGCAGAUCUGCACAAUGCAACACUGCUGCGAGACCAGUGCAUCACCUUUAUACUCAGCAACUUCGACGCGGUGACGAAAACCGAAGCUUUCGAAGACAUGGGUCGGACCAACGUCGAAUUGGUCUUUGAACUGCUGAAGCGGCGCUAA